AUGGGAUUGCUUCAGGACGAAGCGUUGGCCCCGCACGCCGCAAUGUGUCCCGGGGAGAGGGAAGCGGUGGUGCCGCCUAGCCGGGCAGAGCAAGGCGCCAACCCCUCAGUCCCGGUCCUGGAAGCCCAUCGAGCCAGCGCAGCCUUCCAUUCAAAGCGACAGCGUUCCGGGGAGCAGACGUCCUUCCCCAAACGACGUGCGUGCGUAAAGAGGAGAAGCGUGGAUGAGAGAGGGAGCGGCUGGUUUCCCGAGACCGCAGCGCCCAGGGUGUUGGGUCGGCCGGUUCCGCGGCAGCCCCUGCGGCUCCCACGGGGAAGCGGUGUGUUGCCUCAGCGUGUGUGGGAACGCCUGAGGCAUUCCCCUCGACUUCCCUGUUGGGGACAAGUCAGGGUGGAAUGCUCCCACCGUCCCCGCACCCGUCGCUCCACGGAGAAAGAUGCCUUCCCAAAGCAUAGCCUGAUCCUGGAGAGAGCACCGGAACCUGACCUCCAUGAAACGAGCCUGACGCCGGGCUGCCAUUCGCGGGGAGGCCUCUUUCGCGAAGAGCAAGAGGCGCCCUCGCGGUUUGGGGCCGAAGCCGAAGGAAGCCCGCCUGCCGGGCCUCGGUUCGGGGGCCAGAUGAGAAGGCGGCUCCUUCCGUCGGCCCCAUCCAUGCAGUGCACCAGGGCGUUGAAGGCGGCUCCUGCCGGGACAGUGACCGCGGGCCCCCCCACCCCCCAGCAGAACACACACUCCAGGUCUGAAGGCCCGGGAGGAAUUCAGACAACCACCCCGCUUCCUUCAGCUGGCCCCCGGCAGUCGAUCGGCCCGACAGGAGCAAGCGUGAGGAGAGCACCGUGCUGCACACCCGGCUCGCACCCGGGACUGGAGCGCGACGCCGGCCUUCAGGCAAACCUCUCCGGGGGG